AACAGUCAACACGAGAAAGCAUGGAUGGAUUUGAAUUAUUUUCUCAACUUGCGUUUGGGACCACUUUGGAUCCUAAAAAACCUCGGAAACGGAAAAAUAAAUUGAAGAAUUAUAAAAGAAAUAAGAGGCGGAGGUUUGAAGAAUCCCAGAAAGAAGAAGAAGAAAAUGUUUCAGAUAAGAAUAUUUCUUCUGAUGAUAGCUCAUCUGAUCUCAGUGAAGAUUCUGAUCCUGAGUCUAGUGCAGAAGUGCCUCAAAAGCCAAAGAAAAAGGCAAAGAAAAAAAGAUUAUCAACUAUGCAACUAUUUAAAAUUAGAAAGGAAGAAGUAACUCAUUUUCGUCGAGUUCAUAAGAUAUAUGUCACAGGUGAAGAUAUUCCAGAUCCCAUGGAGAGUUUCAAUCAAUUAGUUGCAGAUUAUGGUGUUAGCAGUACCAUUUUAGAUAAUAUAAAGAAUUUAGGUUAUUCAAAUCCUACACCUAUUCAAAUGCAGUCCAUACCUUUGAUGAUGCAUAAUCGGCAGAUACUUGCUUGUGCUCCUACUGGUUCAGGCAAGACAGCUGCAUUUCUUAUUCCCCUAAUUCAUAACCUAAAGGGCCCUGAGAAAGGUGGUAUCCGUGCUGUUAUUUUAGCUCCUACUAGAGAAUUGGUAAAACAGACAUACUCUUUUUGUGUUAAACUUUCUGAAGGGACAAAUCUACGACCUCUUAUAAUUGAGAAUGUUAAUGAUGUUAAAGACCGUCCUAAGUUUCUUAGAAAACAUGAUAUUUUGAUAUCAACACCUAAUCGUCUUAUUUAUUUACUUAAAAAUGAUCCACCUUCCAUAAAAUUAAACAAGGUGCAAUGGUUGAUAGUUGAUGAAUGUGACAAACUUUUUGAAACUGGAAAAGAAGAGAAGAGUUUUAGAGAUCAAUUAGCUUUCAUCUAUAAUGCUUGUGAUUCUUCAUUUUUGAAAAGAGCUAUGUUUAGUGCCACAUAUAGACAUGAGGUUGAAGAAUGGUGUAAAUUGAAUCUUGACAGCCUUGUUUGUGUUUCCAUUGGAACAAAGAAUACUGCUGUGGAAUCUGUUAAACAAGAGCUGCUUUUUACUGGUUGGGAAUCUGGGAAACUUCUAGCUAUAAAGAAUUUCUUGCAAGAAGGUUUUACACCACCUUGUCUGAUAUUUGUUCAAAGUAAAGAAAGAGCUAAAGAAUUAUAUUCCGAGAUAGCUUACUUGUAUUCUAAAGUUGAUGUGAUACAUUCUGAUUUAACUCAAGAACAAAGAGACAAAGUAAUGCAGAACUUUAUUGAUGGGAAAGUUUGGAUUUUGAUUUGUACUGAAUUGAUGGGUCGAGGAAUGGAUUUUCAAGAUGUACAAGUUGUAAUCAAUUAUGAUUUUCCUAUAACUGCUAUCGAAUAUAUUCAUAGAAUAGGUCGAACUGGAAGAGCUGGAAAAACUGGCAGAGCCAUAACUUAUUUUACAACAGAUGAUGUUGAUAAUUUAAAGAACAUCGCUCAAGUAAUUAAAAAUGCAGGUUGUGAAGUACCAGAAUACAUUAUGAGUCUGAAGAGUAAAAAAAAGAAAAACGAAUUUCAAAGACCUAUCAAGAGACAAAAGAUUUCAACUGUUACUACAUGUGAUUUACAGAAAAAGUCUAAGAAAAGGAAAUUGGUACCAAAUUCUAUUAAAAAGAAGUUAAAGAAGAAAACUGAUGCAUAGUUCCAUCUAUUUAUUCAUAUGUAUAUAUCAUUGGAAUAUAGAUGUGUAAAUAAUGAAGAUUGAAUAAAGAUCUUGUGUGUUUCUC